AUUCGCCGACGCUCUUGCGAGCAGAUCUGGCCUUUCCGCUUGAACACAACAGGGUUCACUCACAUUGUCCUCGGUUUCGCUGUCUUUGACCCGAAGAAUUUUACGGUUAGCAUGGAGCACCCCGAUGAUGGAGAAAUUUACAAACAGUUUCUCCAUCUACCCGACAAUGUUCGAAAAGGAUUGGCUAUCGGCGGCUGGGAAGUAUCCAACGAGGGGCCAACACGCACUGCCUGGUCUGACAUGUCAAGUACCAAGUCCAACCGCAAGGCAUUCGUCGACUCGCUCAAACAAUUUCUCGAUACUUGGAAUUUCACUGGCAUUGAGAUCCACUGGGAGUGGCCUGGUGCGUCGAAUCGUGGCGGUAAUCCAGCAGAUACUCAAAAUCAAGUUGAUCUGGUUCACGAGCUGCGCGAGUGCCUCGGAAAAGAUUUCACGAUCUCUGUUGUUCUUCCAGCCCAAAAGGAGUAUCUGAAGAACAUGGCCCCGUUGAAGAUGCAAAACUUCGUCGAUUGGUUCACGGUUCUCACCUACGACCUCCAUGGCCCUUGGGACGCCUUUAUCAACAGUUUAGGUCCCAAGAUCAAGCCACACACUGAUCUUGCCGAAAUCAACACCGCUCUGGACCUGCUCACAUCCGCUAGCCUCGAUCCUGCAAAAGUCAACAUGGGUAUUGCGAAUUAUGGACGUGGUUUCACUGUCGCCAACCAGACUUGCAAGUACUACGGCUGUGAGUUCACCGGCCCAAGCAAAGCUGGUAGCUGUACAAGGGAAGACGGUCUUCUCAGCGCCUGUGAGAUCUCAAGGAUUAUUCGCGAGAAGAACCUGACCCCUCAGGUCAUCUACGGUGGUGCUGGUGUCAAGGAGAUCUCCUGGGCUGAUCAGUGGAUUGGAUACGACGACAAUGCUACGCUCGCGAUGAAGCUGGCACUAGCAAACAAGCGCUGCCUCGGAGGCACUUCGCUUUGGGCCAUCGAGCAUGAAUACUGCGACGGGGGAUCCGGCGGGCCACACGCGCCCCCUCCAACCCAACCUAGUCUGCUGCCAUCUGCCCCUGUACCACAUCCUGCUCCAUCUGGUGCUCCGUCUCCCGUUCAGCCUGGUAUCUUGUCGUCUGCUCCACCAGGUUCAUCCUCUCGGCCUGCUCCGCCUAGCAUUCAGUCAUCUAUUCAGUCUGGGAUGCCGUCUUCUGCUCCGUCUCCUGUUCAGCCCAGCCUCCCGUCGUCUGCUCCACCAUUUCCAUGCUCUGACCCUGUUCUGGCGCCCUCUGCUUCAUCGUUCAUUCAGCCCGCCCUACCUUCCUCUGUUCAGCCUGGCCUCCCGUCUUCUAGUUCACCAGGAUCAUCCGCUCGACCAGGCCUCCCGUCUUCUGUUCAGCCCAGCCUUCCGUCUUCUUCUGCGUCUCGUAUUCCGUCCCCCGCCCAGCCUGGCAUCCCAUCUUCUGCUUCACCAGGUUCAUCCGCUUCACCUAGCCUUCCUUCGUCUACUCCAACAGUGUCGGUGAAUCCUGCCCCAUCCUCUCUACCAUCAUCGAUUGCCUCCACGCAGGGUCCGAUUGUUCCCCAGCCACCCAAGAGCUCGAUUGGACCGAAUCAUCCUUCCGUUGUGCCCUCAGUGUCUGAACACCCUUCAUCGCAAGGAUCUCCUACUCCAUCUUCCGCUGUUUCGAGCAGCCAGCCAAUCUCCGGAUCCACGCUGAGCCAUUCUGAUGUCUUUUCAUCAGUGCAGAUACCAGGACCAAUAUCGCCAUCGCCAUCUCGAUCUGCAUCUCCAGCUCCAUCUUCAGCUCCUACUCCGUCGUUUGGUGUCACUUCAGUGGCUAGUGUAUCGGCCUCAAGCUCCUCGCGUUCUGGCUCAUCUGCUACAGAGUCUUCCGUCACGGCCAUCAUCCCUAUCGUUCCCUCUGUCACGAACAUUGUCCCUCCAGUUUCCUCUGCUCCUGUGUCCUCCGCUGUUUGGCCAGGUAGCUCUACAGGGCCUUCUGCCACGGCAAUCGUUCCUGUCGUUCCCAUCCUUCCAAGUGGAGCUACGUCUUUAGCAACGCCCACCACUCAAGUUGGGUCGUCUCCAGCUGUGGGUAGUUCGUGGGCAGGUCUCCCAAGUGGUUCGGGUCAGGUCCCAUCCUCGGUCCCGCUUCCCUCUGGCAGUUCGGCAGAACAGUCGCCUCCUCACAGCGGCUCGAGCCUGGUUAUCUCCUCUUCGCCUCUAAGAAGCUCACUAAUGCAGUCCUCAGGUGGUGAGACAGCCAUUCGUCCUCCGAAUUCCGUUCAGGGUAGCAAUACCCCGACUGGAAUCGUUGUCCCAUCUAAAGCCACUACUGCUCCGCCGGUUGUUAUCGUCAGCUCCACUUCCAGCUCCGCUAAGCCGUCGCCCACUAUCACAGGAUGUCCUAAUGAGUGCCGGAACUUGGACUGGUGCAGAAUCUUCUGCGUAGACAGCGAUCCAGAUUGCAAGCCAAACGACUGCGUUGCCGAGUGUGCGGUGUGGCGUACUGUCACAUUCUUCAUGUUCAAGCGGCCCGUCUGCCCAUGCGUUCCCAAGAAGUGCGACAGGGAUGGUGAGAGCGAUAGUCCUAGCGACAGCGACCGCGACGACCCCAAGGUCAAGCCCAAGCCAACGUCUCGUCCAAAGGAGAAGGACCCAAAGUGCAAGCUCUUCGGUUGUGGUUGCGGUUGGAUGGGUCUUUCUUUUGGACCCGGAUGCCCUGGACUAGAGAUUGAAAUCACAUCUCCCUGUGGUCUUUUCGGUUGUAACCCUUGUGUUUUCUUCGGAUGCCCUGGCACACAACCAUCAGGUAUCGUCGGUUACGAUGGGUACUGUCCAGGAGGAGGGUGCGAGCCUUGUCCUCCAGAACUCUGCAGUCGCCCUGGCUGUACAAUCUCUGGUGGUUGUGGGCCUAAGCCUGGGCCAGCACCGACAAAGCCGCCGAAUCGACCUGACCCGGAAGACUGCGACGACAGCAAGAGGACGGUAAUCACUGAACGUUUUGUAUGGUGUACUGAGGGGUUCAAUGUCUCUGCCCUUCCAUCGAGCCUUCGAGGAACUUCUUCGACCAUGGUUUCUUCGCUUUGCUUGCCAAUGAUCGACGCCACAGUGACCAUGUGCGGUGGUGCAAUGCCUGGAUUUGACACGACGACUACGCAGACAGGUACUAAAACAGUCAACUCAAAUGGUCCUGCUUGUACCCGGGCUCCACUCUCGCUGGACGAUGACGAAGGUGACAAUAGCCCGAACGACCCAUUCCACACGUCCAAAACCUUUGCUAGCAACACGACUAGCAUGGUCCCGUCCAAGACUUCGUUUACAUUACCUAAAAUAACGAAGACCUCAUUCGCGCUGCCUUACCCUAGCCAUGGCCCUAUGGACAAGUUUGGACACUGGAAGGUGAAAAUCAACCAAUACAUGUUCAACGACUACUCCGAAGUCAACUGGAAGCUGUACGACCCCAACGGCAACCAUGCUGGUGAGCACAACGUCCACGGCAACGGAAUGAAGGAGAUGAAAGACUACAUUCAGUCAGUCAAUCGUCCCUUGGAGCACAUGAUGCCUUUCGGUGUUGACAUGACUGUCUUAAACCCCCAUGAUGUCAAUAAGUGUGUUGUGCACUUCUCUAUCAAAAAGGACAUGCCAGGCUGCGACUUCCAUCAAGGCCAAGGAUGCAAGCCCCAGAUGACCACUGAGACUUUCACUGAGAUCACUCCUUUCUUUGUUACUGUGUGUGAUUACGAGUGUUUGUUCAAGGAGAAGAAGUCGCUUCUCAAGACUUCGGAUCUAUGGUGCCAGGACUUGAACGAGGCAGACUGGGAGCCAAUGGCAAACGGCUGGAAGCGGAUCUUCGAGUGUGGCUGGAAGGGGUUUUAA